AUGCUAUCGCAUCUCACACCAAUGCUCAUCUUUGUCGCGGCGCUUGCCACCUUAGCAGCUGCACAGUCGACUAGCCGCUUCGACGACCUCUUGGACGACCUUGCUGGUACUUGGAGUACCGGCAGUGGCGCUGUACGCACCGGUCCCAACUUCUGGAACCCACGCACGCAGCAGUUCAACGUUCCACCAUCCGCUGGACACUCUUUCAGUUUCACCAAGGAUGGCUUCUGGGAAGAGGCGCUCUUCCAGUGGUCCAACGAUCCAACAUAUCCGCACUGCGUCUCCGCCCUCCUCCUCUGGCAACACGGCAACUUUUCGCUCAACGCAAAUAACGGCACGCUCCGCAUGGAUCCCUUCUGGGGCGAUGGCUUCCAAUCCCAAUGGACAGGAUGCGAUACCACCUCAUCAGCAACCAGCAACAAUACGUUGGCCCCCGUAGCCUCCUACAACCAGGUGUACCUCUACCAGACGCCAGCAGUGUCCACCGACGCGCACUUUGGCGUUUCAAGUUGGAAGCUCGAAAUGGCCCAGUUGAGCGGCGAGCUGCUCAACCCCAUGUGGAAGGUGCUCAACCCACCAUCAAUGCUGCCUACCGACGUGCUCCACAUCAAGAGAUACGGCCUAGAAUGA